GAGGCAGCUGUGGGCAGGGUAGGAAGGCUGGAAGAAGCAGGAAGUCCUUUCUUUAGCGCUGCUGCACAUGACUGUCAGCUGGUUUGCGUCACGUGACCAGAACUUUGCGGAAAAGCUGAACGAAAAUGGCAGGUUUGAGGCGCCCGAGUCCACUGCGAGUGAUGGCUUUUAUUGCCUUUUUCGUCGCCCUUUUCGCUACGGGGAGCUCCACUGCUCAAGUUCCAGUUCUGAUGUGGUCCAAUCACGGCUUACCACCACAGGCCUCACCUGCAGCUGGUCACAUCACAUCCAAUGACCAGUUCGCUGCCUACCUCGACUCUGCCUUUGGCUCUGGCCCCCACACUGUGCUGUUGUUUCUGCAGGACAAGUUAAGCAAAGAUGACUUCACCGUCUUUGGAGGAGUAUUUGGAAACAAGGAUGAUAGUGCCUUUCAAAACCUUGAGGCUGCAGUGCAGUCGUCUUCCUCAUCAGUGACGCUUCCUGCAUUAGAGUGGUCAGGCUCCUCUGCCAUCCUGGCUAUGCUGCAAGAGAAGCUUGGUGUCUCGCCUCUGCUUGUAGACGCAGACACUCUGUCACAUCUCAGCAUCAACGCGUCUGUCAGCAAUCUGCUGCUCAUCAAUCUUCCAUAUUGUACCAGCUUUCACAAGCCUUGCAAAGAAGUCCUGAGUGACAAUGAUGAGAUUAUUGGGAAAGUUCUGAGUACCAUGAAAGCCAAAAAUGUCCCAUACACUGCGAUAUACACGGGACUCCAGCCAUCACGAGUGAUCGCAGAGACAUCCACGUCUAACCAGCCCGUCGGGCGAUCAUUGCUCCAAGCAGUUGUGCCCGAUGUCAAACCGCCCGUCAUGUUCAAUGCAUCCGGAGGUCCUUGCAUAAUGCUUUGGGCUCAGAAUCUCAAUGUCAGCCUCUCAUCUACUUCAGAGUGGAUCGACCUUGCUGCACAAACACCUUCCCUGACAGGAUCCCUGUGUAACAGCAGUAACUCACGGCUUGUCCUCAGUUAUGCGUCAGGCUUUACACUAAGUUUUUUCAUGAGUCAGCGGUUCUAUCCUGUCUCUGCACGGAACUGGUUCACUCUGGACUUUGUGCAGCUACAGUCUAACGGUCUAACUGCAUCUUUCAUCGGGAGCCGGAGCAUCUACGCCCCUGCAGAGUAUUCCUUCCACUGCCAGUCCGUCAGCAGCUUCCAGGAUACUCUGCUCGUGCCAAACAACACCAACCAGAACACCUCGCAGUGGAGGCUCAAUUUUAUCGACUUCCAGAUUCAGGGCUUCGGUUUGGCCAACGGAACAGAUUUCUCCUACGCCAGCGACUGUGCGGGCUUCUUCACCGCAGGGAUUUGGAUGGGGCUGCUGACCUCAUUGCUCAUGCUGUUCAUUUUUGUGUACGGUCUGCACAUGAUCAUGCAGCUGAACACAAUGGAUCGAUUCGAUGACCCCAAAGGUCCAUCGAUUUCAGUGCCUCAGUCGGAGUGAAGCCCUCCAAAACACGCACACUCCUCAGUCUUCAGGGCCUCCUAGAUUGUGGACCCGGCAGAGUCCCUCCUUGUCUUGAGGCAUUCUACAUUUGGGCCUGAAGAUAUUUUUCUGUCAGAUUGAACUUCUCUCUGAUGAUUCUCUCCUGUACCUUUCUUUAAUGAAUCCUUCGGCUGCUGCCUUUGGGGUGCCGUUGCCUCGAAAGGCACGUUCCAUUUCAUCUCCCGACAAGUGCCAAAAUGGAUGCGCCUUUCAUAUGAGCUGAUUUUGAGUGCAUGUGCUAAAAGAUGUUUUUGUGCCACUGUUGGCCAGACGCAGAGGAUAUCUUCCCAAAAACAAUUUGCAAUAAUUCCUCAUACCAGAGAAUGCCUUCUGCGCCAACAUGAAUGUGUUUGCUGGAUGCUGUAGGACCGUUUCAGACCUCAGUUCUUACUUUAUUUUUCCAACUCGACUUUAAUUUAAAGACUACUGGUUAUGGAAGAAGUGCCUGUAUAUAAAGACUAGAAUGCUGUUUGUGAUUGUGUCCUGAAGUGUUGCUGUUUCCUGCAUUUAGUUCUGUUCUCGCGCCACAGACAAAUCCCACACAAGUGCUUUUCAAUCCGUGAAAAAUGUUUAUUCAAUAAUUAAUUUAUUUAUGUAAAAAAUAAUGACUUUCUCUAACUUUAGCUACGUUUAAAGUUUACUGGCUUCAGGUUCAUAAAUGUGCCUCAAUUCUGCUUUUGCCAAACGCAUUGAUGUGCAGUUGCCUUGAUAUGUGCAAAAUAAAG